AUGAGCGCACUGCCCACUUCCUCCGCGAUUCCCGAGCACCUGCGGCAGCCGGCCACGCCCGCACCGGCCACGCCCGCGCACAAGGGCGACUUCCGGCUGCCCACGCUGCGCCUCGAGGUCCGCGAUCUCCAGAACAAGGGCGUGCUGCGCGCCCUGGCGGCCAUCAACUUUGGCGAGUGCGUGCGCGCCUGCGCCCACAAUGUCCUGCGCCACCUGUACCAGCAUCCGUCGCGCGCGCCCUGCCCGCUGCCGACGACGCGCUCCGUCACCUUUAUCCUGCGCGACAUGGACGGCGUGGCCUACACCACCGGCAGCGACCUCGACAACGACCACAAGGAGAUUCACUUUUCCACGCGGCACAUUGACAACCAGAGCCCCGAGCGCAUCACCGACGAGCUCUACGGCGUCAUCACGCACGAGCUCGUCCACUGCUUCCAGUACGACGGCCACCGCACCUGCAAGGGCGGCUUGAUCGAGGGCGUCGCCGACUGGGUGCGCCUGCGCUGCGGCCACGUGCCCCCGCACUGGAAGCCCCGCGCCGAGGGCUGCAGCUGGGAUGCCGGCUACGAGACGACGGGCUACUUUCUGGAGUACCUAGAGAGGCAGUGCGGCGAGGGCACCGUGCGCCGCCUCAAUGCCAAGCUGCAUUCGGAGAGGUACGAGGAGGACAAGUUCUGGCCGGACCUGUUUGGCUCUACCAUUGGGGAGCUGUGGGAGACGUACGCUGCUUCGCUAAACUAG